CACUGGACACCGACUUCCAAAAUACCAUAGUUACUGGCCUACCGCAUGCCCUCUAAUAACACACACCUUGUUUUUGGAAGACAAAAUAAAGGGGAGGGGAAGACAUUUCCUGGUACGGACCAUUCAGAAUCAGUCUACCUGUCCCAGAGAUGGGGUUGAAAAAUGAGCAGGAGUUUCCGAGCACCAUAGGAGCACCUGGGGUGCCUGGUUGUCACGGGCCACAAUCGCUGUUGACAAUUUAUGGCCGCAAUAAGAGUAAUUCUCCACAUCCCAAGGUCACUGCCACCUGAUAGCAAUGCUUGGAAGUCAUUAGCCGCAUGGGCAUGGCACGGCACGGCACGGUGGUGCCAGGAGCCAUGCAUGUCACCGAAGGGCGAGGGGCCAGCGCCCCCCGCCAAAGCUGGGCAGAGCAGCGUGGGUGCCAGCGAAGGUGGUGGGCAGCAGAGCAAGUGGCUGCCGCCCAAAUCUCUGCCAUGCCACCCACAGCUCCUGCAUGGGGCGCGGGGGCCCUGGGCCAGACCUCGGGAGGUGGGGAGCUCCCCCCCCAGAGAGGUGGGCAGGACAAGCUGUGUCUCACCUGGACUGGGCAGUGCCCGCUCCCCGGGGCAGCACCGAGCCUGGCUGAGGCAUGAACAGUUGCUUUAUAGCCCCCGGCAGGUUACUGAUUUACCCUGACAAGACACACGCCUGCAUCACCCGGGGAGACCCUUGCCCGGCACAUCGGGGCACGGCCCAGUCCUCGGCGCUUCACUAGGACAGGCAGAGACGUCUCAGGGGUGCCAGGCACGAUGUUGCGGGGCUGCCUGCUCCUGUCCUGCCUCGUGCUCGGGUCGGCGCAGCCAUUCCUGGACAGAGCUAAGAGCAUCAUGAAAGACACGCUGGUGAUUGACGGGCACAACGACCUGCCCUGGCAGCUGCUGCGGAAGUUCAACAACCAGCUGGCCAUGGCGGAGGCCAACCUCACGCUGCUCGAGGGCACCCACACCAGCAUCCCCAAGCUGCGCAGCGGGCAUGUUGGGGGGCAGUUCUGGGCAGCCUACGUGCCCUGCGACACGCAGAACAAGGACGCAGUGAGGCGCACGCUGGAGCAGAUCGACGUCAUCCACCGCAUGUGCCUCCUGUACCCCCAGGACUUCACCUGCGUCAGCAGCAGUGCAGACGUUCGGCAGGCCUGGCAGGCAGGGCGGGUGGCCAGCCUCAUCGGCAUCGAGGGUGGGCACUCCAUAGACAGCAGCCUGGGCGCCCUGCGCAUGUUCUACCGCCUGGGCGUGCGCUACAUGACGCUGACCCACAGCUGCAACACGCCCUGGGUGGACAACUGGCUGGUGGACACGGAGCAGGAGCAGGCGGUGCACAACGGGCUGUCGGUGUUCGGGAAGCGCGUGGUCCUGGAGAUGAACCGGCUGGGCAUGAUAGUGGACCUGGCCCACGUGUCAGUGAAGACCAUGACAGAUGUCCUGGAGAUCUCCCAGGCUCCGGUCAUCUUCAGCCACUCGUCGGCCUACGCGCUCUGUCCGCACCGGCGCAACGUGCCCGACGAUGUUCUCCGCGUGGUGGGCCAGAAGCGUGGUCUGGUGAUGGUGAACUUCUACAAUGACUACGUGUCCUGCAACCAGAACGCCAACCUCUCCCAGGUCGCAGAUCACCUGGAUUACGUGAAGAAGAUUUCAGGUUACCAGGCCGUCGGCUUCGGCGGGGACUACGACGGGGUCCCCAGGGUGCCGCAGGGCCUGGAGGACGUGUCCAAAUACCCGGAGCUGGUGGCCGAGCUGCUGCGGCGGAACUGGAACGAGACGGAGGUGCGAGCCGCCCUGGCCGAGAACCUGCUGCGGGUCUUCAAGGAGGUGGAGGACACGGGGACCAGGCUGUCGAAGGAGAUGCUGCCUGCCGAAAUACCCAUCACGUUCGAGGAGCUGGGCGGGGAGUGCAGGACCCGCUACGGCUACCCCGGCAGCGCCAGCGUGCCCGGACUCCUGCCUGCCACCCUCGCUGUCCCGCUCCUCCGCGCCCUGCUCCAGUAGGAUCCAGGGUCCAGCGCCCUCCGCCCCACCGCAGCCAGGCCGCGGCCCCUGGGCCGCCACCACCUGCAGGGGACGUGGCUGGCUGCCGGCUGCCCCCCCGGGCCGGGCCCAGCAGAGGAGCAGGGCGGGGGCAUUUCCAUUGCCAUGACCCACGGUAACAGGCUGUGCCAUGGCCUCUGCUCGCAGCCGCUCCUUCCUCCCACAGCCCCGGGUGCUCAGCCAACAGCCCGGCUGCUGCCUGCCCACCCAUCCAGAGCACGGCGUUGCUGCCAAUAAACCCCUGUGCCCCCCUGCAGACUGCCUGUUCAUUUGGGGGGGACU